AUGUCUGGAAUCCAUCAAGUCGAACAAUACGGCGCGCAGCAGCGUGUGCUCCACCGAGAGCUGGCCGAGUAUGGUCGCCGCCGCGGCAUGGAGUAUCCAUACUCCGACAAUCUCGAAGUUGACGUCUUGAUUGUCGGGGCUGGAUUCGGAGGAGUCUUCCUGCUCCACGAGAUGAGGAAACUAGGGUACAAGACGACAAUUUAUGAGGCUGGGACAGGCUUUGGUGAGGACAUUCCGUGUGGUGGGCCUGUAGCAGUUGUUGACGUUCGUUUCCAGGAGGUACAUGGCGUUGGAACAUCUAUCCGUGGGUGCGAUCGAAAUAGCUCGAGGCUUCCUCGCUGACCCACUCGCAGCGGUGCUCGCGUGGACAGCGAAGUCCCGAUCUACGAGUUGAGCAUUCCGGAGGUCUGGAAGGACUGGACGUGGUCCACAAACUGUGAGGAUCUUCUGCCAUAUUGCUCGCCGGAUCACUGACGUAUGUCUUGGUAUAGACCCUAAUUAUCAGGAACUGUAAGCUAGUUGUCCUUCUGCAUCAACUUCAAAGCUGACGGCCAUCCUCUUCCAGGCAGGCGUACUUUGCCCACGCCGACAAGGUCCUCGAGUAUGUUCCGCUCAUCAACAUGAUUCACAGGCAGCUGAUUCAUCCCACAGGCUGAGCAAGGACUGUGCCUUCGAGACGGUCGUCGUUGGAGCUGAGUUCGAUGAGAAGGCCGGAAAGUGGACUGUGAAAACCGUCGACGGGCGAACCGCAAAAGCGAAGUUCUUGAUCGUGGCAGCUGGAUGUAAGCACCAUCACGACUCCUGCUCAGUGUCGUGAAACAAACACUUACCUACCUCUUCUAGUUGCUGCCAAGCGCUACAUCCCCGACUUUCAGGGCCUCGACAAGUUCAAGGGAACGAUGUACCAUUCCUCUUUCUGGCCUGCGGAGGGCGUGGACGUCCGCGGGAAGAAAUGUGCGGUGGUCGGCACCGGUGCCUCAGGUGUCCAGGUCGGUUUCAGGCUGCGUAACCUCUCCCUUGAUACUUGGCUGAUGCUUCGUCAAAGAUCUUCCAGGAAUGGGGACCGAUUGCAGGAGAUUUGAAGAUCUUCCAGAGUGAGUAGGUUGUACUGUCCCACAGUGACCAUGCUGACUGCUUUUAGGAACUCCCAAUCUAGCUCUUCCAAGUAAGACCGACGCAUACUGCCCGCGUUUUUUCUUGGCUAAUGCUUGGCGACAGUGGGAAAGCGUGACCUGAGCGUCGAAGAACAGAACAAGCUGAAGCCGUUCUAUCCGGAACUUUUCGCUUACCGUGAGAGAUGCUUUGGUGGCUUCUGCUUCGAUCUGGAUGAGAGGUACACCUUUGAUGUUCCAAAGGCGGAGCGAGAGGCAUUUUACCAGAUGCUCUGGGAGCAUGGUGGCUGUAAGUGGAUCUGUUUUCUCCUCGUGCUUCAGCGAAGGUAUACUGACCUCGUGUAGUCGCUUUCUGGCUGGGUAAUUUCGCCGAUUAUCUUUACGAUAACAAGGCCAAUCGCGAGGCCUACGACUUCUGGGCCAAGAAGCAGCGUGCUCGCCUGCACGAUUCCAGGAAGCGCGAUCUUCUCUGUCCCCUGGAGCCACCGCAUCCUUUCGGUGUCAAGCGUCCUUGCCUGGAGCAGAACUAUUACGAGCAGUACAACCGCCCCAACGUCGACGUUGUUGACAUCUCCCCAAAGUCAGGCAACAGCAUUGCUGCCUUCACCGAGACUGGCAUCAAGACUACCGAUGGCAAGCAUUACGAGUUCGAUGUCAUCGCCCUUGCCACGGGAUUCGAUAUCACCACCGGCGGCAUGACCAGCAUGGGCCUGAAGAGCGUCAAGGGAACGUAUCUCAAGGAUGAGUGGAAGAAGGCAGCGUACACCUACCUUGGCACUACCGUUCCCGGAUACCCCAACAUGUUCCAUCUGUACGGACCGCACGGCCCGACCUUGCUCUCCAACGGGCCCACCAGCGUGGAGAUUCAGGGCCGCUGGAUCCGUGAUUGCAUCAACAAUAUUACGCAGCAGGGCAUCAAGUUUAUCGACCCAACUGACGAAGCCAGCAAGGAAUGGAAGAAGCGCAUCAAUAGCUUGAGUGACAUCUCGCUCUUCCCGACCACCAAGUCGACUUAUAUGGGUGGCUCUCUCCCCGGCAAGGCUUUCGAGCAGGUUAAUUACGCGGGCGGAGAGGCGAAGUAUAAGGAAGAGAUCCGUGCGAAGCUGCCGGGUUUUGUCGGUUUCCGUGUUGUGCGACAGGAUGCUGGAAAAGCCGCUGCGUAG